AGAUUUUGGUUCACUUGUUGCCUCCUGUUCAGAUUUCAACUCAGUUGAAACAUGAACAUGAACGUGAUGAUAAUCAUCAUCAGAUUUUGCUUUUGGUUCGCUUGUUGCUUCCGGUUUAGAUUUUGGUUCACUUGUUGGCUCCGGUUCAGAUUUUGGUUCACUUGUUGCUUCUGGUUCAGAUUUUGAAUCAUUUGAAACAUGAACGUGAAUAUGAUCAUGAAGAUCAUCAUCUGCU